AUGAUGCCUAGCAGGAGAACCAAAAGCUGCUGCUGCUUGUUGCCCUUGAAUGAAGACAACGGUCGUUUUCUGCUUCUUGCUAUUUUCAUUAUACUUUAUCUAAUAGCUGGGGCUACUAUAUUUUCCACAAUUGAGAGCCCGUCUGAAGCCUUAGCUCAUAAUCGCUGGAAUAGGAUACUGAACAACUUUAGUAGUUCUUUUAAUAUCAGCAUUCUUGAAUUGCGAUCCUUUCUAAGAGAUUAUGAAGCUGCAAUGGCUGCAGGAAUUAGGGCAGAUGCUCUCAGGCCAAGGUGGGAUUUCACUGGAGCUCUCUACUUUGUAGGAACAGUCGUGUCAACUAUUGGUUUUGGGAUGACCACUCCAGCCACAGUUACUGGAAAAGUGUUCCUUAUUUUUUAUGGUCUCUUUGGAUGUGCCGGGACUAUAUUGUUUUUCAACCUUUUCUUGGAACGUAUAAUAUCUCUCCUGGCUUUUAUCAUGAAAGCUUGUUAUGAAAGGAGGCUACGGCAAAGUGGACUUUUGCCCCCCACCGUACGCAGAGGAUCAUCAAUCUCAGAAGUAGACAGCCUGGUUGGUUGGAAGCCAUCAGUGUACCAUGUAAUGCUCAUUUUGGGUAUAUUUGCUAUAACACUUUCUUGCUGUGCAUCAGCCAUGUAUACACCAGUUGAAGAAUGGAACUACAUUGAUUCUUUAUAUUAUUGUUUUGUUACCUUUAGUACCAUUGGCUUUGGAGAUUUAGUAAGCAGCCAAAAUGCAGUGUAUCAAUAUCAGGGAUUAUACAGGUUUGGAAAUUUCAUGUUUAUACUACUGGGAGUGUGUUGCAUUUACUCUCUUUUUAACGUCAUAUCGAUUGUAAUCAAGCAAGUUUUAAACUGGCUUUUAAAAAAGUUUAGGUGCAGAUGUUGUUCUAAGUGCCAUAAAUCAAAUAGCCGUCUUGGGCGUCGUAAUGCCAUCACUCCUGGAGCUCGUUUCCGCAGGAAUGCCAUGUCUAUGGAGACAGAUGGAACCUACGACAGUGACACAGAGGGCAGGAGACUUUCUGGUGAAAUGAUCUCCAUGAGAGACCUGACAGCAUCAAAUAAGGUUUCUCUUGCAAUACUGCAGAAACAGUUAUCUGAAACAGCCAAUGGUUAUCCUAGAACUGUUUGCAUCAACACCAGGCAAAAUGGCUUCUCAGGAGGGGUCGGUGCUCUAGCCAUCAUGAACAAUAGGUUGGCAGAAACAAGUGAUUCUAGGUAGAGUCUUUUCGAAUUCCUAUUUUAGUUUAAGUACCUUUAUUUUUAAAUAAAAUUUGCCAAGCUUAUGGUUA